AUGCUUGAUUUCAUCCAUCUGGUGAAGAGGAAGGGCUUCGCUAAAAUGAGCAGUACAGUGUGCGCCACUGGCGGCGGCUCUCUCAAAUACGCCAAAGAUGCUGAAAGGGAACUUGGUUUACACUUGCACAAAUCGGACGAAUUAGAAUCCCUAAUCAAAGGUAUCGAAUUUGUUGCUGCAACAAAUCCUGACGAAUGUUAUUAUUAUGAAGAUCCUCUGGAUGAUGCGCUGUGUAGGAAAGUGAUUUGGCGGUGGUCUCAUGGUCGUUGCUCAACUUCGGAUCAUGUUCCGCAAGGUGAAAAGAAGGAUGGCUUACAGUAUCCAUAUAUUGUUUGCAACGUUGGUAGUGGUGUUUCUGUGCUGGCAGUUCGUGGUCACAAUCAGUUUGAGCGUAUUGGAGGCAGCAGUAUUGGUGGCGGUUUUUUCCAAGGAAUCUGUGCAAUUAUGUGCGGAUGUGAAACAUUCGAAGAAGCCAUUGAGCUAGCUUCACGCGGUGAUAAUAAAAAUGUGGAUAAGCUUGUGAAGGACAUUUAUGGUACAGGAUAUGACAGAAUGGGCCUUCCAGGAGACAUCGUUGCUGCAAGUUUCGGGAAGAUAUGUAACAAGAAGGAUCGUAGUAAGGCACGAAUUGAGGAUCUUGCCCGUUCGGCGCUUGUUACCACAACGAAUAACAUUGGUUCCAUUGCUUUUAAUGGAGCCAAAACAUGUGGCAUUGAUCGAAUUGUGUUCGGAUAUUUUGGUGCUGUUGGUUGUAUGGAUCAGCUGGUGUAUGUUACUGAGGCAAGACGACAGAUACGCGCUGAAAAUGAGCAGCAACAGGACAACUGCAAUGACUUGGCUGAACUUAAGUUGGAGUAA